AUGACUCUGGGAAAAGAUCAAUCAAACCCUCCAAUUAUCAAUUCUGAAACAAAUACUGUUUUAUAUCCAUCAAGUCCGUACUAUGUACACCCAUCCGACAACCCUACAUCAGCUAUUUAUACUCCUCUCCUCAAUAGUGAAAACUACUGCACUUGGGGAAGAGGAAUGAUGAAAGCCCUCAGUGCGAAAGGAAAAACAGGCUACAUAGAUGGUACUGUCAAAAAACCUACCAAUCCAUCUGACUUACCUCACUGGACUCGCUGCGAUGAUUUGGUGGGAAGUUGGAUUUCUAAUUCUGUUGAUCCUGAGAUUCAUUCAAGCACAAUGAAUUUUCCAUCAGCGCAGGAGCAAUGGAUGGAGAUCAAGUCUAGGUUUUUCCAUCACAAUGCAUCCAAGCUGAAAAAAUUAUAUGCAAAAUCAUCAUUAGGAAAGAUCCAUGGAAUUCCUGCAGGGUUACAUGAACGUUUUUCACCAAUGCGCAGUCAGAUUAUGCUGAUGGAGCCUAUGCCCUCACCAGCGAAGAUAUAUAAUCAUUUCAGACAGGAGGAGGAACAUCAAGGUAUACACUCUUCUUCUGUUCCAUCUAUUGAAUCAGCUACUCUGAAAGUAUUCUCCGGUAAGAGGAUUAAUAAUGCAAAAAAUAUUAUUUACAUUGAAACAAUGGGAGCGCAUAAAUAA